UAAGCUACGUGUAUACAUUUGAAGUAUUACGCUGGCUAGUCUAAACUCGCACUAGGAGACUGGUCUUUCCUUAUUUUUAGCUGUUUUCUGAUUUGAUCCUCCUCUACUGUGUCCUGGUGACCUUCAGCUGCAGAGGGAGCCUCUCUCAGAGAAAUUCUCGAUAUGGACCCACGGAUCUUCUUCUUAGCCGCUGUCACACUGGGCGUGGUGAGCGCUGCGCCAAUGGAAAUGAAGAAUAUCCAUAUAAUAAUGAACAAAAGUGGUUUGGUAUGGCAGGAUCCAGGCAAAAUGCCGCUGUAUGAAUUUUAUCAAAACAAGGUGUGGGGGUGUGGUCGAGGAUGGUCCCUCCUUCCAUGGAAGAAAUUCACCCUGUCCUCCGAGGGACAGGUUUUUAACGGUAGCUGUGCCACAGAGUUCGUUCUACCCAGGAGUAUUAACUGUAUGAAUAAAAUCUGUGUAAAUCCCGAGAGGAUCACAAUAGACAGAAGUGGAAUAGAGAUGAAGUUUACAAAUAUCUACAACAAUGAAACGAAAACAUUAACUCAUACGGACAAAACGAUGCAGUCUACGUGUUUUACGGGGAACUCUCUAAUGGUGAAGCUGACAACAGACGGCUCCAUUACAUUGCCUUCCACAGAUUUCCAAUUCAAGUUUGAAAUAUCUUCGCAAUGCCCUGGCGUCUCCAAUGACGUUGUGAUGAAAUCUAACAAAGAUGCUGAGGAGUUGUCUAACAUGAAUGCAGUAGAAGAAGCCAUGACUAAGAACCUUAUUCUGGGGAUCGUUACCGCAGCCUGUAUCUGUGUCGUCUUCAUCAUCAUAUUCUUUAUUACCUACUGCUACUAUAAGAACAACCCAGAAAUUGGAAGACACCAUUACACAGAGGAAACCAAACCACUCAACAAAUGAUGAAAAGAGAAAAUUAGAGAUUAAAAUUUUUAAAAUUUAAUUUCUUUAACUUAUUAACAUGAUAUGUGACAAUUAAUACAUUAUGCAAAUUUUAUUUCACUUUUUUGUGAGAUUUUUCAAUGAACAUAAACUUAUUGAAGUUUUUUUUUUCCUGCAAAUGGAGUAGCAUUUUUUGAGACAUAUCAAAAACAUGACUGUAGUGCAUGAUUGAAAUGGUUAAUGAAAUUGAAAUUUGGCUCCCACCAAAAAAUUAUGAUGUAGCAAAUAAAUAAUAUGGAUUUUUAAAAUCUUGCUUGAAUGUUACAUUACUGAAUUUUGAGAAUUAUUUACGUGUAUUUUAACCAGAAAAGUAGCAAUUUUUCAUACACACUGUUACAAGUAAACAAUUUCAUAAGACGUACACUGGUUUAGAUUUGCAUGAACAACACUUAUUAAUAACAAAUUCGUAGUUUGUGUGUUUGAAUUACAGAAUGAAAGUCCUGAAAUUGUG